ACUUUACGUGAUUUCGUAGCGUAAAGCGUCCUGGUUCGCUCUCGAGCUACGUAUCUUUCGUUGGCAGUUUACCUUUGGCAGCAGAAAACCAAAAAGGGAAGCAAAUGGAAGACAGUGAAACAGCGCUGGUGGAAAGCCUGAUAAUAUGGCUGCAGACAUUCAACACUCCAGCACCUUGCAGCACCGUGGAGGAGCUCACCACAGGAGCAGCAAUGUCACAGGCACUUCAUCAGAUAGACCCCACGUGGUUCAACGAAGCAUGGACGAGCCGUAUCAAAACAGAUGUUGAGGACAACUGGAGACUGAAGAUGAACAAUCUGAAGAAGAUCCUUCAGAAGGUGGUCGAUUAUUAUAAUGAGGUCAUCGCUCAGGACAUUUCAUACUUCCCUUUGCCGGAUGUCUCACGGGUGGCAGAGCACGCAGAGCCGGUGGAGAUGGGAAGGUUGCUGCAGCUCAUACUGGGCUGUGCUGUCAGAUGUGAGCAGCAACAAGAGUACAUUCAGAUAAUUAUGACCAUGGAGGAGUCUGUGCAGCAUGUGGUCAUGAAAGCUAUCCAGGAGCUCAUGAAAAAGGAUAAUUCAGCAGCAUUAGGAACAGAGCUGUCAGGGGACCCAGAACAGCAGGUGAAAAAACUCCUGGCAGACCUUUCUGAACUCAUGUCAGACAAGGAAGCCUUAGCCCAACGCUGUCAGGAGCUUGACUUACAGGUGGCCGCCCUCCUAGAGGAACGCAACAGCCUUCUGGCCGAGAACGAUGUCCUAACAGACCGAGCCAGCCAGUUGGACACAUUCGAUGACCCCAGCACGCCAUCAGGCAGGAAACACAGUCAGCUUCAGCAGCAACUGGAGACUCUGCAGGAAGAGAACUUCAGGCUGGAAGCUGCCAAGGAUGACUACCGGAUCCACUGUGAGGAGCUGGAGAAGCAGCUGGUUGAACUUCAGCAUCGUAACGAUGAGCUUACCAGUUUGGCAGAGGAAUCACGGGCUCUCAAAGACGAACUGGAUGUUCUGAGGAACUGCUCAGACAGAGUGGUGAUCCUGGAGGCAUCAGUGGAAACCUACAAGCGUAAGCUGGAGAAUCUCGGUGACCUAAAGCGGCAGGUGAAGCUGUUGGAGGAGAAUAACAUGAUCUACAUGCAAAACAGCGUCACUCUGGAGGAGGAGCUGCGCAAAGCAAACGCUGCCCGCGCACAGCUGGAGUCCUACAAAAGACAAGUCCAAGACCUCCACAAUAAGUUGUCAGAGGAAACCAGACGCGCAGACAUCAUGGCGUUUGAGAUGAAAAAGUUGGAAGAGAAGCAUGAAACUGUGUUGAAAGAAAAAGAGCGUAUCAUCAUUGAACGAGAUUCUCUGAAGGAAAUCAACGAGGAGCUGCGAUGCACUCAGGCUCAACAGGACCAGCUCUCACAAUCAGGGAUGCUUCCCUCUGGCAGCCCCAGCCAUGAAAACCUGGCAGCUGAAUUAAUUCCCAUUGAGUACAGAGAAAAGGUCAUCAGACUGCAGCAUGAGAACAAGUUGCUGAGAGUGCAGCAGGAGGAAUAUGAGCAGGAGAAGAUUGCCACCCUGCAGACCCAGCUGGAGGAAGCUGAGAAGACUCACAGCAAACUGGACACAGAGAACAGAUUGAGCCUAGAGCGCAUCGGUGAGCUGCAGCAGCAGGUGGAAGAUCUGCAGAAGGCUCUGCAGAGUCAGGCUGCCAAACCAGAUGAUUCAAAUCUGAAGAGGAAACUGGAUGCUCACAUGUCCCAGCUGAACGAGGCUCAGGAUGAAAUCAUGAAGAAGAAAGAGCUUCUGGAGGACCUUCAGCCUGACCACACCCAGACAUCUUUGAAAGUGGAUGAGCUGAUGGCUGCUCUGAAAAAGAAGGAUGACGACAUGCGGGCCAUGGAAGAAAGAUACAAGAUGUAUCUGGAGAAGGCUCGCAAUGUAAUUCGAGCCUUGGACCCCAAGCUGAAUCCUGCCACCGCUGAGAUCCAGGCUCUCAGAAGCCAGCUGGCAGAUCGGGACAAACAGAUUCUCAACCUUGAACGUCAAUGUGAGCAGGCCAGGCUAAGAGAGUAUGAGGAGAAGCUGAUUGUUACAGCCUGGUAUAACAAAAGUUUGCACUUUCAGAAGUUGGCCAUGGAAUCUCGUCUCGGAGGCCGCGCUGCCGCCAUGUUCCCCCCCGGCCAGUCCUUCCUGACGCAGCAGCGGCAAGUCUCAAACGCCCCACGCAGGGCCGCUUCCGCCAGCGUGCCUGCCACUACCUCCAAAUAGACAGUGUCACAGCACCUCACAUUGAUUAAACUAGGCAAAAAUACACAACAGUGUAAGCACUCAAGUGACCUUAAAUGCAUCUGUUGUCGGCCUUUGAGGAGGGUCAGACUGCGUGUGAUCAGUGAGAACUUAUCAGACCCAUCCCAGGUCAAAGCAGAGGUUGUGUUAUUAUACCCUGCUGUACAUUAGCCUGAAGGACAACCUUGCAGAGACAUUACCCCGAGUUGACCUCACAAGCCAAAGCUAGAUGUAGAUUUGCAACAACUAUCCUCUCUGCCUUGUGAUUGUUUUGUUUUUCUUUUCCAUCCUCAUAUUUAGCUUUUAUAACAUAGCUCUCCUUGUAUUGUGGUAAGGUCAGAAGUAAAAGGGGAAAAUCCUUGUGGAAAAGAGGCCUGCUAUUUUAGCUUUAGUUUAAAUGGUGACUUGAAUCUCUGAAAUCUAAUCAAAUGAAAUGAUUGUACAAAUAUUUAAGAAAUGUACAUGUACGUCACAGUGGGGACACUUUAAAAGGUGUGGUGUAAUCCAACAGCAUGAAUAGUGUUGAUCCAGCCAUAUCUGGUGCCGGCCACCAAGGAUUUCAAAGCAUUAAACAAACACUUGUAGUUUUCUAUUUGUCCUAUAAUUGAAAAGUUUAUAGUUUCAAAUUCUGUUGAAACAAAUUAAGUCAUAUUAACUCUAAUUAACACUUGAGGUGCUGCAAUAAGAGGUCUGGGAAUAGUCCAUUAUCUUUUCUAUAUACUCUCGAUGGGAACUGAUGGACCUUUUUGAUUACUGUGUGUGUUGAUUCUUUAAGUCAAUAAAUAUGUUACUGAUACAGAAAUGAAUGAUUCAACACCAGCUUUUCAUGCAGCCAUCACAUCCAGGUCGAACACUUUUAAAGCUCCUGCAAAUUGUAACACUAAAACUUUUAAUACAUGUCAAUGUUUUCUUUUAGGAUGCUGAUUAAAAGAACAUUUUGAAAAGCACUUAUUGUCUUUUGCGCUAAAAGUGAUCAGUCUGACACCAUAUAGUUAAAUAUCCACCACCCUGCAAAAAUAUUUAGUUUUGAUGCGCAGCAGACACACGCGGAUUUUAUGGUGACCUUUUGAAGAUGGACUAUUAUAAAGUUCUUUACAAAUAUCUGAAAAGUGGGGAGUGCUUAUGUAUUCAGUCCUCGGUCAAUUCUUUGUCGAACCAUCUUUCACUGUGAUCUCAAUUAUAAAUGCAGAGUCAAUACAAAAUGCUUGUCCCACUUAGACAAAAUCCUAUAAUCCUUAUUCCUUACACUUCAUAUUGUGUGUCACAAAACAUCCCAAAAAAAUUCAUUGUAAUUUGUGUUUUUAGAAGGUGUGUGAAUUCCUUUACAAGACAUUGUAAGCUGUUCAGGUUUAGCAGUCUCUUUACUGCCUUUUCUCUGUUUAUUGUCAGCAGCACAAGAUGUUCUGUUAUACGGCCACAUGUGGUAAAUGGAUGUAUGUCACUUGAAUCUCUUUCUUUGCAGCUAAUUAUUAUUGUAAAUUGCUGACUUAAAGGCAUAGUCAUUUAAUAAAAUAGACUGUACAAUCAGGUAGAAGGUACACAGCAACCUGCAUAAUGCUAAAUGUUUGUGUGUAACUUAUUAAAGAAAUGUCUAAUGAAUUUUAGAAAAUUUAAUAGCUUUUUUGCUGAAUAAAAUCUUUUUCAAAAA